CCCAGCAGGCCACCGUGUGAAUUUUCACAGGGAAAUCAUGGAGCCCCUGCGCGUCGUCUUCCUCCUGCUCUGCUUCUUCCCCGCUCUCCAUCCUUUCUGCUCCGCUGAGGCGGCUCCGACGCUAGUCACCAGCCUUCCGGGCUUCGACGGCGCCCUCCCGUUCCGCCUCGAGACCGGGUACGUGACCGUGGACGAGGAGAACGGCGCCGAGCUCUUCUACUACUUCAUCGAGUCCGAGGACGACCCGCGGCGCGACCCGGUCCUCCUCUGGCUCACCGGCGGCGACCGCUGCUCCGUGCUCAGCCCGCUCUUCUUCGAGAUAGGUCAGCAACUUCACCUCUGGCUAUGA